AUGUCGUCCUCCAAUGACGUCCCAACGCUCAAAAUUCUUCUCAUAGGGGCAUCGUCGGUAGGCAAGUCGUCGUUGCUCCUGCGCUUCACAGACGACGAAUUCCUCUCGCCGGAAGAGACCACUGCGACGAUCGGCGUCGACUACCGAAUCAAAGGCAUCGAAGUGGGUGGAAAACGAUUCAAAUUGUCCAUCUGGGAUACUGCGGGCCAAGAACGAUUUCGUACGCUCACAUCCAGCUACUAUCGUGGUGCUCAAGGUGUUAUUAUCACAUACGAUGUUACUCAACGAGACACGUUCGACGCUCUUCCAACGUGGUUCAACGAGCUGGAGACGUUUACCACUAGUGACGACGUGGUGAAAGUGAUUGUAGGAAACAAAGUGGACAAGGAGUUCUCAAGAGUGGUCACCACAAAGGAAGGGCAAGAGUUUGCGGAAAAGAUGGGGUGUUUGUUUGUAGAAUGUAGCGCGAAGAAAGGGGUGGGCGUGAAUGGCGCUUUCGACGAACUGGUGAAUCGGAUCAUCUCGACCCCGAGCUUGUGGCAAAAAACGGCACCAGGCGAGAGACGCCCAGGCGACAGGAUGCCAGGUGGCGCGCCAGCUGCUCAUGCAGCCGACAGCAGUCGAGGCAACAUCUCGUUGACAGAUCCCACUGGCUAUGUCGGAUACGGCUUGGGCGUUGCCAGAGAUAGCUGCAGUUGCUGA